AGGACUCUCCUUAAGACGCAAUACAAUCUCUGACUGCCCGUCGAUAGCGAAGCGCGGCGGGCGAUUUGAGGCAACCAAGCUGAUUAGUGCGAUAUAUUGUUCAUGUGUGUUUCAUAACCGAUUCAAACGUAUUGGAGACUUGGAGUAAAUAUACAUUGAAUAUGUCCGUGGGUCAAGUGACAAUGAUGCGGAAAGGCAACUCCGGCGAACUGGCGCGAAAGGCCAACACGGUGGUGGUGUCGCUUCCCCCGCUGGUUAAGAAGUCCAGCAAGAGCCGCUCGUUUCACUUCCGCUACCUGGAGCUGUGCCGGGCCAAGAAUCUGACGCCGGUGCCGGACAUCCGAAGCAAGUCGAAUGCGACCACCACCUUUCUGGAGCUGUGUGGCGACAAGCUGGCGGUCAGCGAUUGGCAGCUCCUGACCGAAGCGCUCCACUAUGAUCUUGUGCUCCAGCAGCUGGUGGUGCGCCUGCGCCGCACAUAUCCGCAAACCAACAUCGACCCCAUAGACACUGAGAAGCGUGCUCGACUCUUUCGCCAAAGACCGGUGAUCUAUACGAGAUUUAUUUUUAACAGCCUGGUUCAGGCGAUUGCAAACUGUGUUUCAAGCAACAAAAAUCUGAGUGUGUUGAAGCUGGAGGGACUGCCCCUACAGGAUGGCUAUAUCGAGACCAUUGCCAAAUCACUGGCCGAUAAUGAGUGCCUGGAAACGGUUAGUUUUCGCAAGUCCAAUAUUGGUGACAAGGGCUGCGAGGUGGUAUGCAAUACAGCGAAGUACCUAAACCGCAUCGAUCUCUUCGAUCUCUCCGAUUGCGGACUUACGUCCAAGGGAGCCGAGCAUGUGGCCGAAAUGCUCAAGAUGCAAAAGAUCACUCGCUUCACGGAGGGAUGGGAGAAGUCGCUGCGCUACCGCAGUGUGGAUGUGAACACAAUUGGUGGACUGCGCACCGUUCUGCUGGCGGACAAUCCGGCUAUCGGCGAUGAUGGCAUCCGGUGGAUCACCGAGGUGCUGAAGGAGGACGCCUGGAUAAAGAAAAUCGACAUGGAGGGCUGCGGCCUGACGGACAUUGGGGCCAAUCUGAUCCUCGAUUGCCUGGAGCUGAACACGGCCAUCACGGAGUUCAGUGUGAAGAACAACGAGGGCAUCAGCAAGUUCCUGCAGCGCAGCAUCCGCGACCAUCUGGGUGGACCGCCCGAGGAGAAGCACGAGCCGGAGUACGACCUGAGUUGCGUCAACGGACUGCAGAGUCUGCCGAAGAACAAGAAGGUCACCGUUUCCCAGCUGCUGGCCCACACGAAGGCAUUGGAGGAGCAGCUCUCCUUCGAGCGGACGUUGCGCAAGAAGGCCGAGAAGCUCAACGAGAAGCUCAGCCACCAGCUCAUGCGAUCCGAUUCCAACCACAUGAUGGUCCAGGAGAAGGUCAUGGAGGGCGGAUCCCAAACGAAUAUUUCCAGGGAGUAUGUGGUGCGAAACGAGGUCAUGCCGGAGGUGGUUAAGGAUUCCCAGAGUUAUCGUCAAUCCCACUUCAACCGGCUGGUCAACAGUGCGGUCACCAGUGCGGAGGUCACGCCCCGCAGCGAGAUAGACACUCUGCGCAAGGAACAGCAGCUGCAAAUGAAGUCCUCGCCCAUCCAGAUCAAGCAUCCUGCCAUGGAGCCGCAGCUGAGGAGUCUGCAAGAGGUGCCAGAGGAGGAGGAGGAGGCAUACGAGCAGCUGGAGGAGAACAGUCAGUCGGAAUCGGAGCCACCAAACGAGGAGGAGCAGCACUACCAGCAGCAGCAAAUGCAGGUGCAGCGAAAACAGCUCCAGGUUCGCAAGGUCCGCAGCGAGAUGAAGUAUGUGGAGAGCAAUCCCAAGGAGGCGGCCAACAAGAACCGAGAGUCCAAGUCGGAUCACGAGUUUGCCAAUGAGCGUGAUUUCAAGCUGAAUCCUGCUGUGCAGUUCGAGACGGAUAUUGGCGACGGUGCGAUGAUAAAUCCUGGCCAGCGUUACGAGGGCGAAGGCGACACGGGCUAUGGCUACAACUACAACUACGAGCAGGAGCCACCGGUCAAGCGAGGCUACGAAAAGGGCUAUGUGGUGGGCGAGGGCGACGGGUCCCACAGAAGGCAGAGACCCUCUAACCUGGUCGAGGCCUUGGUCCAGAAACGUGGCGCAGGCGGAGGCGAUGGACAUGUGGCGCAGUUCGUCAGCAAUCUGGAGCGCAAGGCGAGUGCUGGCAAGCCGGGUAAAAAGCGCCUUAAACCCCGAGCUGAAGACAGUCAUCCGGUUCCGUUCAACGAAAUGCAAAUGGAAUCGUACAUGUCCAGCUACGAAGAGAUCUCCUCCACCGAUGCCACGCUGGAGAACUCUGACUUCGAGGCGGAAACUACGGACUCCACGUUGCGCGGCAGUGCCAAGUACUCCUCGAUGCAGGUCUUUGUCCGCCGCAAGCACACGGAAUCCCUGUCGCUGGAGGAGGAGGAGGAGGUUAGUGAUACAGGCGGCGAAAGACUCAUCUCUCCGCGUGAAGUUUACCAGCAGCUCCAUAAGCAGCGGGAGCCCAGCUCCUAG